UCUCUCUUUUGAUCCGGAUGCCGGUGAGGUUGGUUGUGUGCUAAUUCGCCCUCCGAUUUUCUCACGAUUUUCAUCUGCAAACUUCACCUUAUAUCAAAGGAGAUAAUGGCUGCUACCGCAGAAAACGUCAUUACAUCUGAGGAACAGACCUCACCACAGAAGCAGUCACCUGUUAAGAAGGUUUUAGAUGAAGUGACAAAUGGUGCAGAAGUGAAAAGCAUGGUGGAGCAGGCUGCUGAGGAAGCUGGCCUCAAAUCCACAGAGAAUGGUUCAUCUGAAAAUGGUGACAGCAAUUCCGUGAAUGGAACCACUGAAGAGGAGCAUGCUGAGAAAGACAGUGAAGCAACCAAGAGAAAGUCGGAGAAUGGAUCUGGAGAUGCUCCUUCAGAUGAUCAGCAAGAACCCAGCCCUGCCAAGAAGGCCAAAGUUGAUGAUGAAGCUGAGGAAUCAUCAGAAUCGGCACAGGAACCCACUGAAGCUACUGCUUAAGAAGGAACAUCACUGGGACUCCUGAACCUUUGGCAACGGUUGUUUGUAUCCAGUGCGAAUUGUAUCAUCGAUCAUUCCAGUUGUGUGUCGGAUGUCCAUCUCCCUCCAGUACCAAAAAGUGCAUGCUGGAGGAAAACAGGACUGAGGAGCACAGAUGACCUUGAUCAGUUCAUAAGAGGAUGAUUCUCUCCAAGAGAGGUUGGAUGACACUUUUUUUCUGUCUUCAAUUUUCUUCUCUGUCUUUUGGAGUCUUUGUAGGACAUCUCUGGUUGUUGCUGGGUGUACCUGUACAGACUUAUUUAUGUGCUAAGGUCCAAAUCGUCAUCACAAAUGCAAUAUCAAGUAGUUGCCCAUCUGUAACUUUUACCUUGUGAAACCUUGCAUAAUUUUUGACUAGUCUCAUUAGAAAUAUUGAUUCCAUGCAAUUAAUGCCCUGUUUUGUAAGCCUCUUCAGUAUGGAGUUGGCUUACUUCAAUCUAUGUGUUGCUGGAUGUAUCGAUGUUCAAACCCCCUCCCCCUUGGGUACUGGAUUUGAGAUAGACUGGAUUUCAGUGGGAAGGAAAUGAAAAACCUGGUUUUAAGGAAA